AUGACUGGCCCAACAACAACAACGAAGGUGGGGGCAUUACUGCUCGCUACGCUGGUUCUGCUUCUUAAUGUUUUUCAAUUGAACAACAAUUCACCUUCAUUCGUUGUCGGUAUGGAUACAGACAACCGAGUUCAAGAACUUGAAAUGCAAUUAGCCAGAAUAUUGAAGGACAAACAACAAAGCUACAUUACAGUUUUAGAAACAAACCUGAAAACCGAACUAAAGGAGUUUUUUGAAUCAAAGUCCAAACAAAGAUUAGUGAACACAAAGGAUGCUCUUGAUAAAGCAUCUGUAGUAUUGGACACUCUGGACAUUAAUUCAACAGUUUUUGAUCAGAUGAAUAUUCUCAAAAGACAAGAGCUCGUAAAAGCAAUGAGUUUAGAAUUGGAAUUGACCAAUUUGAUUACACUCACCAAACAUUCUAUUGAUUCUCUUGGUUAUGAUGUGGCCACACUCGUCAAUAAUUACACCCAACAAACUUAUUCAGAUGAAUUAUUUUUCAGACAAAUGGACUUUGAAAGGACACAAAAUGAACAUUUUCAUUUGAAUUCAAAACCAGGACUCUUUCAACAGCUAGAAACAGCCAACCAGUUAAACAUUACUAGAAUACGCAAUAGAAUUUCUGCAGGGUUGGAGCACGUUCUUGUGUUAAUGCCCAAUGGUAAACUCUAUUCGACAGGAGUUUACUAUGAAGGUAAUCUUGGACGAACAGUUCAAGACUCUAGACUCAUGUACAAGUAUCCAGUCGAAGGUUUAGAUGGUCUUGAAGUGUAUCAAUUCGAAGCCAAUAGAUAUUCUAACUUGGUAUUAACCAAUAAGGGAGUAUAUUCAUUUGGGCUUAACGAUCGAUCACAACUCGCCACAGGAGGCACAAAGACCAAGGUUCAAGCAACAUUUGUGAAUGGUUUCAGUAUGGGUAACAAAAUUGAGCAAAUAGCAUUGGGUUAUAGCUCUGGAUAUGCCAUUGAUGAGUACGGUAAACUGUGGGCAUGGGGAGCCAAUGAUCAAGGUCAACUUGGAGAUCGAACUUUUGAUGAAAAGAACCGACCUUUUGCUGUCUAUCAGUUGUUAGGACCACUCAGAAACAGUACUGUUGUCAGAGUUUGUGCAGGUCAAAGCCAUGGAAUUGCCCUCACGAGUGACAAUAUUUUGGUGUCAUUUGGUAACAAUACAUUUGGACAAUUGGGAACAAAUGAUACAGUGAGUCAAGGUGAACCAGUGAAGGUAAAAUUAAGAAAUUUGGAAGGAAGAAAAAUAACAGAUAUUCAAUGUGGAACGAAACAUAAUUUACUUCUCACAAGUGAUGGAUUAGUUUUUUCAUGGGGAUCCAAUGAAAAUGGACAAAUUGGAGAUAAUUCAACAUUGGAUUCACUUUCUCCAAAAUUUGUUUCAUAUCUCUAUAAUAACUUGUCUUGUGUUGCAGAAAGAAUUCACACAAGAGGUUUUGUUAAUUUUGUUGUUUGUUCAGACAAGAGAUUGUUUUCAUGGGGAAAGAAUGAUAUUGGUCAAACUGGAACAGGUUCUAUUGGUUCAAAUAUUUUACUUCCAACCUUGGUCAGACAUUCUCUUCAACCUAUUGUAGACAUUACAUCCAACGAAGACAACUCUUACAUUUUCUAUGCUGAUGGUUCAAUACAAGCAACUGGAAAGUGUCCAAAUACACUCAUGUUCAUGAAUCAUGAAUGUAUGGAUUUGAAUCCUCCCUUCUGGAGUGGGGUGAGUGUACCUAAAAGAUUUGUGUAUCACAUUGGUGGAAACUUUACCAAUGUUAAUCACCAAAACAACAUGAAUUUGGUUUGGUAUCAUCGUAAACCAAUAUAUUUUGAUAUGGGAGAUUUGGCAUAUUUACUCAAACAAGAAAAUACCAUUCCAACAAGAAGAAACAAUGGUUUCAACAUGUAUGUUUCCAACAUUACCAAAGGAGAUUAUGAUUGGAAGCUUGUGGAAUUUAAUGCCAAAACUGGUACCGGUUUUCCUGACUCGAUUUAUAAUUCUCACUUGCUGAAACAUAACGAGUAUGUCUACCUGUUCGGAGGUUUUGUCAAUGAUGAAGUUUCUGAUAGAGUUUAUAGAUGUCCUAUCUAUGAUUUACAAAAUGACUGGGAACUUUGCAACUUUACUUUACCAUUUCCUGUAGCCUCUGGUAUGCUUGUUCCAAUUGGUGAUUAUGCCUAUAUUUUUGGAGGAAUUACUUCCUUAUAUUCGUACAAUUCAAGCAUUGAUUUUGCACCAAAAGCAAACUCAGUUGUGUCUCAAAAAAUAAUGAGAGCUCCUCUCACUGAUUUAACAUCAUGGGAGACUAUGAAUGAUGAGCUCCCUGUACCUAUUCAUUCAGCAUUUUGGGAAAUUGUUGGCAAUUAUAUUUAUCUAUUUGGUGGAGCCAGAACUGUAGGAACUUCACAAAUUAACAUUUUCAGAGCAACACUUCAAACACCAUGGGUUUGGGAACACACCUUUGGUAUUCUUCCUUAUUACAUGAUUAAUACAGGUCAAGUUGCCUCCACAAACGAUACAAUGUACGCAUUCGGAGGAACUAAUGCCACCACUGGCGUUGGAGGCCCUUAUAUGGCCUUUGGUAACAAGACCGACAUUACUGGCUCAUGGAUGGCUAUUCACGAUCCAAGCAGAACUCAGGCGUGGUGUAAGAAAUAUCCAUUACUAUGUUUUUACUGUUUCGGUGUUGAAGCGUCAAAUCCAAAUGUUUGUUCUGCUGCUGGAAGAUGUCUCGAUUAUGAUACUUGUCACUGCUAUAAUGGAAGAUUUGGCUCAAAGUGUGAAAAAUUUGGAAUUGUUGCUGUUAGCGGAGUUAGAAAAUAUGCAGAUGGAACCUAUGCAAUCUCUUGUAAUAGAUACAGAAAACCAACCAACACCUCACUUGUCUAUCAAGGAAUCAUUGGAGAUGGAUGGUACUGGAUUAAACCAGAUUACACAAGCAAUCCAAUUCAGGUAUAUUGUGACAUGACUACAGAUGGAGGAGGUUGGACAGUUUAUUACACUGUCGGUCAAACAUACAGCACCGUUAAUUUAUUAACUGCAACUCCUUCCAAUGGGCUCGAUUUUAAUAAGGAAGGAUACUUUUCUGAUUUGAGAAGAGUUCCUUUCACUGAUGUUAUGUUUGCCACAAAUAACCAAAAGCAUUGGUUCAAAAGAAAAACGGCUAACUCAAUCAUCGUAAACAAUUAUAGAUCAGGAUUUAUUCUGAACACAAACUUUGGAGAUCCAUAUACCUCUCCUUAUUAUGGAGGAACAUUAGACAGCGGAGGUCUGUUUGAGGGUUACAUUGACGGAGCGAAGGAUACCACCACCGACUAUAAACUGUCUCUCACUGAUAAAACUUUGUGGGAAGGAGAUAUUCCACUUUCAGCAGGUAUUUGGAUUGUUGAAUAUAACUUUAGAGGAAGUAAGGGUUAUAGAGCUAAUGCAGUAGGCAUUACGAAAAAGUCGGUGUGCAAUUGGGGAGGUUGUACAUACAGUUGUUGUGGUGACUAUGUGGCAACUGGAAUCUGUUUUAAGGAAAGCUCUUUUUUGGGAUGUGCCACAACAACACCAAUGACCGUCUAUAUUAGAUAG